GCCCUCCGCGGGCCGCGCCGCACCAUGCUCGGCGGCCCGCGCCGCAUCAUGCUCGGCGGCCCCGAGCGCCUUGUCAAGGUCUCCGUGACACCGGUCGCGGCCCUGGCUGUGGCGCUGCUCUCGUCGCUCUCGCGCUGCUCCCUCCUGGAGCCGGAAGACCCCGCGGUCUCGGCGCUCAGCCCCUACUUCGGCACCAAGACCCGCUACGAGGAUGCCAACCCCGGGCUGCUGCCGGACCCCGAGGCGCCGCGGAGGGACCCUGAGCUGCUGGAGGACACCUGCACCCCGGUGCAGCUGGUCGCCCUCAUCCGCCACGGCACCCGCUACCCUACGGCCAAGCAGAUCCGCAAACUGCGGCAGCUGCACGGCCUGCUGCAGGCCCGCCGGCCCGGCGACGGGCGCGCUGGCCCGGCAGGAGGCCGUGACCUGGGCGCCGCGCUGGCCGACUGGCCGCUGGGAUACGCGGACUGGAUGGACGGGCAGCUGGUGGAGAAGGGGCGGCAGGACAUGCGACAGCUGGCGCUGCGCCUGGCCUCCCUCUUCCCGGCUCUCUUCAGCGUCGAGAACUACGGCCGCCUGCAGCUGGUCACCAGCUCCAAACACCGCUGCGUGGACAGCGGCGCCGCCUUCCUGCAGGGGCUGUGGCAGUACUACCACCCGGGGCUGCCGCCGCCCGACGUCGCAGACAUGGAGUGUGGACCUCCAAGAAUUAAUGAUAAACUAAUGAGGUUCUUUGAUCAUUGUGAGAAGUUUUUAACUGAAGUGGAAAAGAAUGCUACGGCUCUUUAUCAUGUAGAAGCCUUCAAAACUGGACCAGAAAUGCAGAACAUUUUAAAAAAGGUUGCAGCUACUUUGCAAGUGCCAGUCAACAAUUUAAAUGCGGAUUUAAUUCAGGUAGCUUUUUUUACCUGUUCAUUUGACCUGGCAAUUAAAGGUGUUAAAUCUCCUUGGUGUGAUGUUUUUGACAUAGAUGACGCAAAGGUAUUAGAAUAUUUAAAUGAUCUGAAACAGUAUUGGAAAAGAGGGUAUGGAUAUACUAUUAAUAGUCGAUCCAGCUGCACCCUGUUUCAGGAUAUCUUCCAGCACUUGGACAAAGCAAUUGAACAGAAACAAAGGUCUCAGCCAAUUUCCUCUCCAGUCAUCCUUCAGUUUGGUCACGCAGAGACCCUUCUUCCACUGCUCUCUCUCAUGGGCUACUUCAAAGAUAAGGAGCCCCUAACAGCUUAUAAUUACAAGGAACAAUUGCAUCGCAAAUUCCGAAGUGGCCACAUUGUGCCCUACGCCUCGAACCUAAUAUUCGUGCUUUACCACUGUAAAAAUGCUAAGACUCCCAAGGAGGAAUUCCGAGUGCAGAUGCUAUUGAAUGAGAAGGUGUUACCAUUGGCUCACUCACAAGAAACUGCCUCCUUGUACGAGGAUCUAAAGGACCACUACAAGGACAUCCUUCAGAACUGUCAGACCAGUGAAGAGUGCCAGUUACCAAAGGUGAACAAUACGUCUGACGAGCUCUGAGUCACUGGAGAACGUUUUUCAUUCAUCGGGGAGUGAUUCAUAGGGAGUGAUUACAUGCUUGGAAUAGGUGGGCAAUCCACGGUUACAGAAAGCUUUCACAAUACUUGAGUAUUUCUGUCUUUUCACAGAAAAAUGUUGAAUUUCUAUUUGAAUCCAGACAUGGAUGUGUAAGACACUAUUCUUCACUGGAGCAGCUCUCUUAGAAAAAAUUCUACUUAAAGAAAUAGCUGGUACUGCAAACAUUUACAGAAAUUAAGAUCCUGUUUAUUUAAGAAGUCUCACACUGAGAUACAGAAUAUGAUUUCAAAAUGAUACUUGAAAGUGCUAGACUCACAACGUAUGUCAUUUGGAUGAUCAUUAACUUGACGGGACUAAGCGUAGGGACUUCCAGUUGUGAUGCCUUUCUUCGUCUUUCCCUCAGGUGGCAGUUCUGGUAUCGUUGGUCUUCAUCAGAAAUAGUGUGGGGCCCGGGACUGUUGCUUUGGAAGAAAGCUGACCUCUCUCUAGUUAAGAAUUUGAAAUAAUAUUAAGAAACAGAGUGCGAUUUUCAAAGGACACCUUCACUGAACGAAGACAAGUAUAAUAAAAUAGAUAUUUUUGUUAAUAGUAUUUAUAAAGUAUUUGAACACUUUUUCGAUAAUUCCUUUUAACCUCCUAGUAAGUGUUGCAAGGCCUUUCCUAAAUUAUUAUCCUACCUGUUUUACAUUUAUAACAAUGAAAGGACAAAGACGACCGUUAGCAACAAGGAAGACAGAAUCGGAGUUUCUUAAAUCCAUUGCUUCGCAAUUUUUUUCAUUCUGUCACUUUGCUUCUAUUUUUAUAUUUUGCUAUUAUGUGAAAUGUGUCUUUUGGUUAUUGCUUUUCCAUUCUUUUUUCUUUUUUUCCCCUAAGUAAAGACUUUAUCCUGAUAGCUUAGUUUCACAGAUCUGAACCCAU